CUGUAAAUAACCUUGUUUACACCAAGCCGCGUCUGUGAAUCUAACUCCACCCUCAGCACUUCACUGACUAACGAUCAGGGUUCAGUCGAUGCGAGGAGUCGUCGCAAUGGAGUGUUGCACCGGACUGGUAUCGCUCCUUGUCACCGCGUUCUCUCUCUGCUCUGUCGCGGGAAGCCAGACAGGCUCACAGGGCUUGAUGUAUUUCUACUUCCAAUCCUUCAGCGCUCCUGAACUGCCAGCCUUCUUCAGGAUUGUGAUGUUGGAUGACUUGCAGAUUGACUACUACAACAGCACCCUCCACGAGGUAGAAGUCAAGCACCAGUGGAUCGCAGAUGCCUUAUUGACUGACUACCAGAAAGAACAGAAAGAAGUAACUGACAGGCUUCAUGAGUUCAUCAUGACACAUCUGCAGCAAUUGUCCUCAAUCGUUAACAUCAGCUACAUACAGGGAAUCUUGGGCUGUACAGCGUCUGGAAAUACGGACAAUGUGAUUCUAAAAAUCAACAUCCCAGAUUUUCUAACGGUCAGCCUUGAUAUCAGCGUAAAUUCAAAUCUCCAAGGAUUAAUCAAAGCUGGAAUGAACCAACUCAAUUUCACUGAAGGGCCUGACUUGAAGUACAGCAUUCAGUACUUAAAAAGAGCUGUUCAGCUUGGAAAAGAAGCAUCUGAAAGGCAAGUUGCUCCAGAGGCUCAAGUGUUGACAAGGAGGCCAACAGCUACUGCAGGCGAGAGUCUCUCAUGCAUCAUCACUCCAUUCUACCCCCGUGCUAUCAAGGCCACGUGGUUGAAGAAUGGGCAGGUUGUUUCUGAGGGCUACAAGGUGACUGUGCUACCGAACUACAAUGAUACAUACUGGAUGGAACUAGUCAUUGAGCUGCAGGGCAACAACCCAAACAUCUAUGCCUGUCGCGUCGAGCACAGCAGCCUGACACAGGCACUGGUGUUGAAGGGAGGAGUUGGUGAGCCCCAUUGUGCAGGUCCCAUGUUGGGGAUGAUGACUGUGUUUGCGAUAAUCUUUGGAGUGAUGUAGAGGUGCAGCAAGGAGAGAACCAAGGUAUCACUGGAGGUGAGCAUUUGGCUCUAAUUCAACCACAGUUCUGACCACGGGGUGGAGCUUCAAACAGGUUUUGUGAUGAGUGACUGCACACCUCAACAAGCUUAGUCACAAUCAAUCAGAUUUAAUAUCACUGGCAUAGGUCUUGAGAUUUGUUAACUUCACAGCAGCAAGUCAAUGAAACUAACAAUAAACACCAAGGAAAAAGCUGAGUUACAUAAAGUAUAUAUAUGACUAUUGAGUUAACAUAAGUAGUGCAAAAUUACAGAAAUUAAAACAGUAUUGAAGUAGUGUUCAUGGGUUCAAUGUCCAUUUAGAAAUUGGUUGGCAGAGGGGAAGAAGCUGUGCCUUCAGGAUUCUGUACCUCCUUCCUGAUGGCUCCAGUGUAAGGUGGCAUGUCCUGAGCAGUGGUAGAUAUAGCCUUCCUAAGGCAUCACUCCUUGAAGAUGUUUUGGAUACUAUGGAGGCUGGUACCCCUGAUAGAUCUGACUAAUUUUACAAGUUGUGGAGUAGUCCCUCAUAACAGAUGUUGUUGCAGCCAGUCAGAAUGCUCUCCAUUGUACAUUUGUAGAAGUUUUCGAGUGUUUUAGUAGAACAACAAAAUCUCCUCAACCUCCUAAUGAAAUAUAGCCACUGUCAUGGAUUCUUUAUAGCUGCAUCAAUAUGUUGCGUCCAUGCUAGGUCCUCAGAGAUGUUGACACCCAGGAACUUGAAAUUGCUCAUUCUCUCCACUUCUGAUCCCUCUAUGAGGAUAGGUUUAGUGUUACUUCCACUGUGGGAUCUUGUUGGCUGAAUCUUCUGCUGCUUUAAUGAACUCCCAUUUAGCUAUGUUUUAACUUUUUCUUACAUCUGAGAAAGUAUUCAAGUUUCAGUGUUGCAGUGAACUGUAAGGUCUGUAAGGUCCCACUUGAGUUGAGUUCCUCCUUCCAGUCCUAAUUCCACCACAAAUGCCAAAUGUCAAAUCAUUGCUCUGAAGUAUGAAUGCUUGUUUUGAACACUGGACACCCAAGAGUAAUUCUUUUCUUCAUGGGAGAUUGGCAGGGUCCAAAAUUUAGUUUAUAGUAUGAGCAGAAACUCUGGAAUUUUUUGGCAAUUUGGAGAAUGAGUGACUACAAAAUAUGAGGAUUACACAAUGGAAUAAACAUGGUUACUUUCCCUGUUGUCUAGUUGGGCAAACUCAUAUUGUUUUUUCUGGAGCAUUGGAGGUUGAGGGCAGACCUGGUAGAGAUAUAUAUAAUCCUGAGCCACGCAGAGAUGGGAUAGUCAGUUUUUUCCAGACUAGAAAUGUCAAAUAUUAAGUGCACCGCUCUCUGUGUAUUUAAAAAAAAAACAAACAAAAAAAAAACAACAAACAAAAAAAACAACUUACCUCCUGACUUCUCACUUAUAAUCAUCUUGAAAUUGUUCCCCCUCAUAUUAGCCAUUUCCACCAUGGGGAAAAGCUCUGGCUAUCCACUCAACCUAUUUUCCUUAUGCCUUUUAUCAUCCUGUACAUCUCUAUUAAGUUACCUCUCAUCCUCAUUUGCUCCAAAGAGAAAAGCCCUAGCUCACUGAACCUAUCCUCAUAAGACGUACUCACUAAUCCAGGCAGCAUCCUGGUAAAUCCCCACUACAACCUCUCCACUCACCCUUGGAGAGUUAGAUAGAGCUCUCAUAGAUAGCGGGGUCAAGGGAUAUGGGGAGAGGGCAGGAAUGGGGUACUGAUUGUGCAUGAUCAGCCAUGAUCACAGUGAAUGGUGCUGGCUAGAAGGGCCGAAUGGCCCACCCUUGCAUCUACUGUCUAUUGUCUAUUGUGACCAUCAUCCUGUAGCACUUACAUCCACUGUGAUGAUGUGCUUUGAGAGGUUGGUGAUAAAACAUAUCAACUCAUGCCUUAGAAGCCACUUGGAUCCAUUCCAAUUUGCAUAUUGUCACAACAGGUGCCAUUUCAUUGGCUCUUCACUCAACUUUGGAACAUCAGGACUGCAAAGAUGCAUAUAUCACAAUAGUCUUUAUAGACUACUGUACAGCUAGGCAUUUAAUAAUAUCACUUCCUCCAAAGUAAUCAAUAAGCUUCAGGACCUUGGCCUUAAUAUCUCUGUGUGCAAUUGGAUUCUCAAUGUCCUCGCAUGUUAUCACCAGUCAGUUUAGGUUGGCAGCAACAUGUCCAUCAGCACAGAAACACCACAACGCUAUGUGCUUUGCACCCUGCUGUACUUGCUUUAUACUUUUGACUGUGAGGCUAUGCACACUCUAAUGCCAUAUGUAAGUUUGAUGAUGACACAGUUGUUGGCCGAAUUAAAGGUGGUGAUGAAUCAACAUAUAGGAGGCAGAUUGAAAAUCUGGCAGAGUGGUGCCACAGCAACAACUUCUCACUCAAUGUCAGCAUGAUCACGGGGCUGAUUAUUGACUUCAGGAGGAAGAAACAAGAGGUCUAUGAGUCAGUUCUCAUUGGGGGAUAAAAGCUGGAGAGGGUUAGUGACUUUAAAUUGCUCUAUGUUAUCAUUUCAGAUUAUCUGUCCUGGGCCUAGCCAUAAGUGCCAUUAUGAAGAAAGCACAGCAGUGCUUCUACUUCCUUAAUUUUGCAAAAAUUCGGCAUGAAAUAUAAAACCUUGAUAAACAUUUAUAGAUGGAUGGUAGAGAGUAUAUUGUCUGGCUGCAUCACAGCUUUUUUGAACAGAUUUUUGGUUAGAUAAUUCUAUUGAGUUUCUUGGAUUCAGUGUAUGCCCAAUAGAAAUCCAAACUCAGGGUUGUAUAUGGUAACAUAUACAUACUCUGAUAAUAUCUUUACUUUGAACAGAAAUGGGAAAGCGAGCACUCUCUCUCUCUAUCCUUGUUUUACAGUGGUUGGCACCCAGCUUAGUGGCGCACUACCGCCACCUUCUGCUCCGGAAUGUGCAAUAGUCUCACAUUCUAAAUCCCUUCACCCAAUCCCACAAACACAUACCCUAACCUACACUUUAUCCUCCCAUCUUUAGCCAUCCUAGUACCCCAUUCCUGUUUAUCCAUCAUAUCCUAUAAAAAAACAAAAACCCCUGUACCCCUUAAGAAAGCUAAAAAUACCCUAAACUGUGCUCUCUCAUCCAUUGUCAGCAACCCUUUUAUUGUGAAUUCCUGCUCCCCCAAUUCCCUUAGAUUAAUUCUCAUCAUCUCUCUCUGUAUCCCAUACUUGCUGCAACUUAGAACUACAUAUUCUACUGACUCCUCUUCCUGACAUUCCUCACACAGUCCUGUCUGGUGUUUCCCUAUCAAUUACAAUGUUUGGUUUAGUGCACAGUGCCCCAACCUUAACCUAGUCCACACAAUUUCCUCUCUUCUGUAUCUACUACCUACCAUAGUACCUGCAAAACUUUUUUGUAUUUGAUAUAAAUGCCUCCCUUUCCCCUCCUUGUCCCAUCUUUCUUGCCACAUUUGGUUGAUUUUUCCCCAGAUAACACACUUAACCUCUGCUUUACUGAUACUAAUGUGCAUUUCUAUAUUUUCUUUCUUUAACACCCUCUUUGCCAACUCAUCCACCCUCUCAUUCCCCUUCACCCCUCCAUGAGCUGGAACCCAUAGCAGAUUAACCGGACCUCUCUGAUUUGCAACUCUUGUGACUGACUGAAGGACUUCAUGAAGUACAUCUUGCCGGCUGUUUGAGUGAGAAGACCUUAAUCUUGCUAGAACUGAGGAUGAAUCUGAGCAUAUCAAUGCUUUGACUAGUCUAGCUUUCUCCACCCAAUGCAACGGAACCAACACUGCUAGCAUCUCCACUGCAUACACCAUUAACUUAUCAGAUGUUCUUUUGCUGAUUGCAAUUUCUUUUGCUGCUAUAGCCACCACAAACCCUGUCACUCCUGUUUCAGGUUCCUUAGCCCCAUCUUGAAGUGCCUGCAUGCAUGGUCAGGCUCUGACUACAUUGGUUAAAGCCAGAUCACUAGAUUCAGCUCACAAACUCAACCAUGAAUCUCAGCUCUAAAGUGAUGGAAGUCCUAAAAUUGUUUUAAAAAUUACAGGAAACCUUCAGACAAAUUGAAAUUUCGUUAGUUAGUUCAUUCAUGUUUGUCCAAAAAUUGGGUGUUCAUACUCCAGGGCGGAGCUAUACAAGGUAAGAUUUUGAUUAAUCUGAUAUAUCAGCAUCUGGGUCACAUAUAACAUAUCCCCUGCUCCCUGAACCUCACUGUUGCCUCAAUUCCCAUAGUUCGAGGAGACUCACUUGGGUCUCUACUUCUGUUUUCCCAAUAAAAUGUCUAUUUUCUGUGUUCCCUUCAAACUCACCCGUUAUUCUCUACUGAAUUCACAGGGUCCCCGGAACACUACCGGAGUUCCUGUUCUCGGCCUCCCCCAGAAACUUGUUAGUGUCCCGGAUACCACGCUCCCUGUAAAUUGACCAGGCUCCUGAUGCCGUCCACUCUUCCGGAAUCACGGGAAAAUUUAUCAUAACAUUGCGUAAGAUCUUUAAAAGAGGUAACUACACACUGGGAUAUUAAAUUGGGUUACAUUCAGUACUCGUGAAAAUCUGAUUGUCUGGUUCCUCUGAAGUCUUGAGCGUGCUGGGAUAUCGGAGCUUCACAGGACUUACUAUGGAGGGAAUGCGGUGGAGAUUCACCUGGGUCCUGGCCUCUGGAGUUCCUUCAGCACUUCGCUUGUGCUGCUGGAAUUCUUGGGGGUUCUUUCUUAUGUUCGCGGAACAGGCACUCCCCAGUUACAAACGCUCGACUUAUGGACACUUAAAGACACUCGUGCAAUCGAGCAUUUUCCAGACCGGGGUGUAUUGGGGCUUAUACGGAGCUGCGGGCACCUUCUGCCGGGAGGAUACGGGGCAUCUACCGUGCCUGCUCGCUCCCCACCCAAAGUUGCACUAAUUGGGUUCUGGGUGGAGCUGAGGAGACUCGCUCCUUCGCUCACUGAGUCAAAUAGGCCAGCUGAUGGACGCACUUUAUAUUUAAACCAAGGUUUAUAUAUACCAUUACAAUAUCACAAGAAUACAAUAUUAUACGUUUUACAGGACAAACACACUAUUUACAAUUUCAUAUUAUAAUACGGUCGUCACUCUCCACGAUAAGCAGAAGAAGAAGUCACUGUCCAAACGCACUUGAGCCCCUGAGGUGCCCGUCGGUCCCUGAAAAAGCCAUGGACACUUAGACGCCUUCUCCAGGGACACCAGGCAUGGAAGUAGCCCUCUGGCGGCCGCUGUUCCCGUGUCUACAUCGUUCUCCCGUCUCUCCUGUUCCCGCAAUCCUUUCCCACACACAAAGGAAUUCGGGUGAUGGCCAGUUCACAGGACCCGGGAACGACCUGCAUAUUGAAACCUUCAUAUGUUCUGGUGUUUUCUGGUGGGGUUCGAUCCGCAGGUUCUCAGGAUUAUUUGCAUUGGUACCUCACCAGCCUCUUAACUCGUUUGUAAGAACUAUUACAUAAUAUGAGAAUACAUUUUGCCAUGAACCAGCCAAGCAGAAAGGGUGCGCAGGAAACGGGUUUCAGUGAUGGACCGGAAGAAGCAGGGCUUCAGUGAGUGAGAGGGAGCCCGGCAAACAUUAACUGCUGAGCUGGAUACUGAACCUUUGUGAUCGCUGCAAAGCCAGUCAGUUGAUUAUUGGAUUGUUACUUUAUUGUCCUUGUAACAGUGCGGACGUCCAUCAGUUAGUUCCUUAAGGUUGCUAUCGCCGGGGUGGCAAUGGGGAUACGCUGCCACUGUCUAAUGGGGUGCGACUCAAAUAGCCUGACAACCCAGUCCAGUUCCUGAUCUUCCUGUGUGGUUCAGCUACCUCGCCCAGCGGAACUGUUUCUACUGACAGGAGAAAGACCAAAGCUGGGUUACCGUACUGUCACUUUAAAACCAGUCACCUCAGGCAGAUGCGGCUCGCCAGCCCUGCUUGGCAAUUGAUCUAGGAGAAGGAAAACUCUGAUCUCAAACCUCUGAUGCCUUGCAGCUAUACCCACUCAUGGGGAAGGCUUUGGGAGUAAACCCUGAGGGAAAAAUCUGGAGCUGCAGUCCGUACAUUGAGUUUAUCGCUGACUGGCAAAUCCCGCGACUCAGCUGGUGCCAAAGUGUAUCGGUCUCUGCUGUUCCUCUCGGUUCAUCAGAUGCCCGGAGAGAGAGAGAGAGAGAGAGCUUGCUACAUGGGCAACAGCUCGUUCUCCACAUUGUAUUGCCCAGGCUUGCGUAUCUGGACAGCUAGGAUGCCACAUCCAUGGUCAACGCUGACCGACAGAAGCCUCAACAAGCCCAUCAGUGCCGAUCGCUUCACUCUGCAGUGCUCUCUCAGUAUUGUCUCCGACCACUGCUGAAGUCACUAAAUACCGCUGCUCUGACAGCGCAGAGCUCCCGCAGCACUUCUCUUCAGUAUUCUGUACCGAGCAGGAAAAUCUCUGACAGACUCGAGCUACUCAGGGAUAUCAUCGACUAAGUGCAGAAGAGAGGGUUGGAUGUCUCCCAUGUCAGGUCGGACAUGGAAGAGGCCUUCGCCAUGACACGCCACACAUACAUUAUGGGGUGACUCUAAAAAUGGGGUUUGCUAAAGCUGCAAUAUGGUGCCGGUGAAUCAUGGCGACAUUCUGUGUGCUAUGUACAAUACUUCCAAAUAUAUCUCUUUUGAAUUACUCUCACUGCAAUC